UACAAGAUAAAACGAAACUACCAGGCUAUUAAUCAGCGUAACAACCCCCUAACCCCAAUAUAAAAAAGAUCAAACACCUCUUAAUAAUAAUAAUUCACUUCUUUUCAAACUAACACCGCGAGAGUCGAGAGAGAACUAUUUUGAACCUUUCUCUAUCGCUUUCGUUUUCAAUUAGGGUUAGGGUUUGUGUCAUCGUUGUUUCAAAUUCGUUGAAGAAGAUGCAGAUAAGUGAGAUAUGGAAUUACGUUCGAUUCAAUUCUCCUUAAUCAAUCCAAUUCAAUCGCGUCGUUCUUUUCAAAACCCUAAUUUCACCAUGCAAUCCUCCAAUAUGUCUUCCGUCGGAUGUCGAUUCCGUCUCCGAUUUCGUUCGGCAUUCGAUCCUUAUUCAGCUGCUUCCGAAGCUUUUUCUGAAAACCACCUCGCUCUUCGUAUUCUCACUCUAUAGUGUUAACCUCAAUAAUCGUUCGAUUCCUCUCUUUGAUUUUUGUGAGGGGGAUUUUCUUGUCUUUCGCGUUCUUAUGGAUUCUGAAAUUGAUGAUGUUGGUGUUGUAGAGAAAGAUCCAACUUUGCGUUAUGCACGGUAUGAUGAAAUGUUAGGGAAAGGAGCUUUCAAGACUGUAUAUAAAGCUUUUGAUGAAGUAGAUGGAAUAGAAGUUGCCUGGAAUCAAAUUAGUAUAGAGGAUGUUAUGCAAUCACCACAGAAUUUGGAAAAGUUGUAUUCUGAGGUUCACUUGCUCAAGUCACUGAAGCACGAAAAUAUCAUUAAGAUGUAUAGCUCUUGGGUGGACGAAAAGAGCAGCAAUAUCAACAUGAUAACUGAAUUGUUCACAUCUGGGAGUUUGAGGCAGUAUCGUAAGAAACAUAAGAAUGUGGAUAUGAAGGCUAUCAAGAACUGGGCGAGGCAGAUUCUUCGUGGGUUGUGUUUUCUGCACAGUCACAACCCACCUGUUAUUCACAGGGAUCUAAAAUGUGAUAAUAUUUUCGUUAACGGGAACAAUGGGCAAGUUAAGAUUGGAGAUCUAGGAUUGGCAAUUGUCAUGCAGCAACCUACUGCCCGGAGUGUCAUUGGUACUCCAGAAUUCAUGGCCCCAGAGCUUUAUGAGGAAGAAUACAAUGAACUUGUUGACGUAUAUUCCUUUGGCAUGUGUAUCUUGGAAAUGAUCACCUGCGAGUACCCGUAUAGUGAAUGCAAAAAUCCGGCGCAGAUAUAUAAGAAAGUUACCUCUGGUAUAAAACCGGCUUCUCUUGCUAGAGUGAAUGAUCCUGAAGUGAAGCAAUUUAUAGAGAAGUGUUUAGUUCCAGCGUCUAUGAGAUUGCCUGCAUCUGAACUGCUGAAAGAUCCAUUCCUUGCCACUGGAAAUACGAAGGAGAUCUAUCAUGAUAACCUGCUGCUGCCAAAUCCCCCCAGCAAAUCAUUGAAUCCACCAACUUGUGAGCCCCAUCCGAUGGAGAUAGAUUCAAACGUCAAGCAUACAUCACCUGCCUCCACUGUGGAAAGAGAUAAAGAAACUUCUCAAGUUUCAUCAAAUCAUGAUAUCCUGAGGAAGACGGAAAACAAUGAAUUUAGAUUGAGAGGGGAGAAGAAUGCUGAUAGGACAAUUUCACUGACACUGCGAAUUGCUGAUGCUAAUGGUGGAGCUAGGAAUAUUCAUUUUCCAUUCUAUAUCGAUUCCGACACAACAAUUUCAAUUGCGGAGGAGAUGGUGGAACAUCUGGAACUCAAGGAUGAGGAUGUAGCUGUCAUUGCUGAGCUAAUACACAACAUGAUUUUUAAGCUUGUGCCUGACUGGAAACCCUUGUGCGAGAACUCAUCUGGAACAGAUAAUUUGUACAGGCCUUUGGAACCUCAGAAUGAACAGUUAAACUGCCAUUGGACCUUGGGGUCAAAUAAUUUUGAUAUGAAGUCAAUGUAUGAGGAUUUAGGUCACUCACAACUUGAUGGGGAAGAUCAGGAUAAACAAGAAUCUGUUUCGUCAGAUAUUUCAGCUGAGUAUGGGACUGUAAUUGCCACUGAUGCUAAAGGUGUAGAGCAAAAUUGUUUUAUUCUUCAUGAAUGUUGCAAGGGAUCGAACGGCUUAAACACCAAUCCAGAUGUCAGAAUUUGUGGUCAAGAAGAUGGAAACAGUAAUCAAUCAGAGAACUCAGUAGUCUCAUGUUGCAGUCCAUCCGAAAAUCUUGACAGGUUGAGCAAAUGUUCUCUUACUGCACUUGACCAAGAUCAUUUAGAUGAGCUACAGUUGGAGAUUGAAGCAAUUGAAAUCCAGUAUCAGCAAAGUUUUCGCGAGCUUAUGAAGAUGAGGGAGGAAGCCAUAGAAAAUGUCAAAAAGAUGGACUUCAAAGAAGAAUAUAUCAGUUAUGUAACGCACGAGGGUGAUUUUCUGAUAGUUUUGGUUGAUUUAAUUUGUUGAUUUUUUUGGUUGAUCUUUUUGUCAUUGGUUCAUUUGAAUUGAUUUCUGUAUGGUUAAUACAUUGCUUUAGAAUUAUCUUGAUGAGUUAUAUUGAUGAUGAUGAAGAAUUUUUAUUUUGACAUACUUAA